CUCUCCACCCUUCAUUCAUAUUAGUAUUAAGAUACCUAUCUUCAACCAAAAACAAAGCUACCUAAUUAACAUAUUUUUCAUUUAUUCUUCUUAUAAUCCUUACUACAAAUUAAUUAACUUGAUAUCUUUUUCUAAAUAUUGAUCUUUGUUGAUUGUUAAUUUGUGUUAUUAUUUGAAAGAUGGUUUGCUUGGUGUCUCGCUCCGGAAGGGAGUUGCAGAGAUACAACAACAUGGGUGGUCGACAAGUUGUGGGAUGCAUACCUUAUAGAUAUAAAGAAGACAUAAAUGGUAAUAUGGGCAACGAAUUGGAAGUACUAGUGGUUAGUUCACAGAAAGGUCAUGCACUCAUGUUUCCUAAGGGAGGAUGGGAACUUGAUGAAUCUGUAGAAGAAGCAGCUUGUAGGGAAUCCCUUGAAGAAGCAGGAGUCAUAGGAAAAGUUGAGUGUGAAUUGGGGCAGUGGAAUUUCAUUAGCAAAAGACAUGGCAUAUAUUAUGAAGGUUACAUGUUCCCCUUGUUUGUUAAAGAGCAACUUGACCAUUGGCCUGAGAAAAAUCUUAGGAGAAGAAUAUGGAUGACUGUUGCUCAAGCCAGAGAAGUUUGUCAGCAUUGGUGGAUGAAGGAAGCAUUAGAUAUAUUGGUUCAAAGACUUGAUUCUUCAAACCAACAAAAAAAUAGAUGUAGCAUGGGAUGAUUCUUUGUUUUUUUUUUAUGAAAAAACAAGUUUACAUGUUCAGUCUAAAGUUAGGAAAAUGUCAAUAAUUUGUAUCUUUAUAGGUAGAAGAUUAUAGAGAGGAUUAGUUAGGGAGAGAAACAGAGUUGCAGAGAGUUUUUACAGUUUUUUUGACACUUCAACCGUAUAUAUAAGAACUAAGAGUAGACAUCCAAGUUAAUUACUUGUAUUUAAUUAGCAAUCCAAUGUUUGAUUAUUUAUUAUUAUUAAAUAAAUUCUUUUUAUACAA